AUGAGGCUGAUUAUCGCUUGCGCUCUUGUGACUCUCUGCCUGGCUGAACAUCACACCGAUCCUCUUUCGGAUAAACAACAUUUCAAAGGAAAAGAACAUGAUCCAAAGUUUGAUCACGAAGCUUUCCUUGGAAAAGAUGCUGCUGCCGAGUUUGAUGAGUUGACUCCCGAGAAAUCAAAGGAGCGAUUGGGAAAACUUUUCCCAAAAAUGGACUCAAAUGAUGAUGGUUUUAUUGAGGAGAACGAGUUGAAAGAUCACAUCAAUUUCAUGCAAAAGAGAUACGUUAACAACGAUGUGGAGAGAACGUGGAAGAAUUACAAGGCUGAGAAGAUUGUUGAUGGAAAAAUCACAUGGCCAGCUUAUAGAGAAAUGGUUUACGGCCACCCAACCGGAGACAAUCAAGAGAUCUCCGAUCAAUACAAGAAAAUGAUCACUCGCGAUGAGAAGAGAUGGGCUGCUGCUGACUACGAUUCGUCGACAACGUUGGAUCGAACUGAGUACGGAUGCUUUAUGCAUCCAGAAGAUUGCGAGCAUAUGCGAGAUGUUGUUGUUGGCGAGACUGUUGAAGACAUUGACAAGAACAAGGACGGAUAUGUGGACCUUGAAGAGUACAUUGGUGAUAUGUACAGACCAGAGGACUAUCCAGAGUUGGCUGGAAAGGAACCCGACUGGGUCGCGUCUGAGAGGGAAAUGUUCAAGGAACACCGUGACAAGGACGCAGAUGGAAAGUUGAAUCAAAACGAGAUGCGCGACUGGAUCAUGCCUAUCGGAUUCGAUCAUGCCGAGGCUGAGGCUCGCCAUUUGAUGGGAAUCUCUGAUGACAACAAAGACGGUAAGCUCUCUCGCGACGAGAUCAUUGCUCACUAUGACACCUUUGUCGGAUCCCAAGCCACCGAUUAUGGAGAGCAAUUGCAGAAGCACGAUCCUGCUGAUCUC